AUGGACUCAGCUGAUCAAGAUCCUCCAUCCUCCAGACCCAAGAGAGACCUUCGUCUACCAGAGCAUUUGGCCAAAUAUGAUGUCGUCCUCCUUCCCUCUCAGCAGCCCGCUGCCCAAGUCUCCUCACUUCCAGUAGGACAACCCGGCAAGCGUAAGCCUUCCAGAACCGGGAGUGCGUCAGGAUAUCAGUCAUCUACAAGUUCACGACGGUCUUCUCGUUUAUCCCUGGGGAGUCAACUACUGAAGAAUAUGCCAGAUGUUAAAGCAGCUGCGCUGGAAGAGCAGAUCAGAGUUAUGGAGCUUGCAGACCUGCAGCAGGAGAUAGAAGAGGAGAGAGAAGCCGAUUUGGAAGCCAAGAAGUUGGAGGAACAAGUUAAAGAAGGACAACGGAUGCAAGAGGAAGCAUACCUUGCCAAGGAAAGGAUGGCCAAGGAGAUGGGACGGCGCAGACGCCUGAAGAAGUUGGAGAAGGAAAUUAAGAUUGCCAGUGCUGUAAAGUGCUUUCUAUCCGAAUCAGAGGAUGAAGCAAAAGGCUCUGUCUGUCUGCUGGUGCCUGUGCUGGUGCCUGUGCUGGUGCCUCUGCUGGUGCCUGUGCUGGUGCCUGUGCUGGUGCCUGUGCUGGUGCCUGUGCUGGUGCCUCUGCUGGUGGCUCGCGUCCGCUUCGUGGGCACCUGCCUUUGCAGCGUCCGGUUGAACAUGAUGCACCGUGCUGGACUCGCACUUUACUCCCCGGAGUGGGUGCUGAGCAGCCCCGCGCUCAUGUUCUCAGCUCGCUAG